AUGGAUAAAACUGCGCAAUUCGAGUCUUUACCGAGCAGAACCGUUUACCCCUAAAAAAAUUGCCUUUGGAUAAGUGUCUCAACAAACCGUGUAAGGACAAAAUCCAGAGGCAGAACCUCUCCUGGAUGAUGACUGACUUCCCUUUGAGUUUACCCCAGCGGGAAAAUAGAAGGUACAGUUGCGAAACCUGGUCCUUCGUUAGAUAAAGCGGGCUUGGGAUGAACUUCCGGAAAAAAUGAUGAAGAAAUCAUUUAAAACAUGCAGGACUUCGAACGCGCCCGACUACUCAGAAGAUGAUAACAUCUGUACCGAUGACAUGCCUAAACUAGCCGACGAUGAGAUGGCCUGGGACGACAAGUUUGAGACCGAUAACAAAAAAAAG